GUUGGCAGCGGGCGGGCGAUGGUGGCGGGCUGUGCCGCGCGGCUGCUCCCCCUGCCCCGCUUGGGCCGGGCCGCCGGGGCACGGGGGCCGCUGCCCGGGUGGGCGGCAACGGGGCGCGGCGGGCUGCGGGCCGCGCGCUGGGCCGCCGUGGCCUUGGCGGUGCCCGCCGCGGCCGGGCGGAAGGAGGGGCCGGGGCGCUGGCAGUGGCAGGCGGCCGCCCAGCCGGUGUGGGCUGGGGAGCGCGAUCCGGAGCGGUCGGCCCGGGGGCUGCUGAGGCGGUUGGGUCUGGUGCUACGGCUGAGCCUGCGGGCCUGCGGGCUGCUGCUGCGCUUCGGGCCCCUGCUGCUGCUGUACCCGCUGAGCCGCCUGCGGCCCGGCCUAGCCGCCGUGUGGCUGCGGCUGCUGCGGAGAGCGGCCGAGGCCGCCGGACCCACCUGCAUCAAGCUGGGCCAGUGGGCCAGCACUCGCAGGGACCUCUUCUCCGAGGCCUUCUGUGAUGAGUUUUCCAAGCUGCACGUCGAGGUGAGCCCACAUGCCUGGGGCCACACCGAUGAGCUCUUGAGGAAGGCCUUCGGUGAGGACUGGAGGAGCAUCCUUACGUUUCCCAGCCAGGAGCCGAUCGGCUCAGGCUGUGUGGCACAGGUGUAUAAAGCCUAUGCGGAUCUCACGGCUAUCGCUGCCCCCCCAGCCAAGGGGCUGGCACGGAGCUGGGAGUUGCAGUCUGCCUUUGAGGCUUGGGAGGUGUCAGGCCUCAGGGGCCUCAUCAGGUGGCUGAGAAGGAGGAAGAGCGAGGGGAUGUGGGAAGAGAGGAGCGGGGCUGAGCUGAGCCCCUUCGGCUGCUCCCUGGGAAGUCCUGUGAGUGGAACGCCCCACGUGGAGCAGAUGGCCACACCGCUCCUGAAUGCAAAACCAUCAUCAGCCAGACACCUCACACCUGUAGCUGUUAAAGUCCUGCACCCAGGGCUAGUCCACCAAGUCCAGAUGGAUCUGUUUCUCAUGAAGUUGGGAAGCCACAUCAUUGGACUUCUGCCUGGAUUUAAGUGGCUCAGUUUGACAGAGAUUGUGGAAGAAUUUGAGAAACUUAUGCUUCAGCAGAUCGACUUGCACUACGAAGCCAGAAAUCUGGAGCGCUUCCGUCAGAAUUUCCUAGAUGUCGAUUUUGUGAAGUUCCCAACUCCUGUUCAUCCUUUGGUGACAACAGAUGUUCUCGUGGAAACAUUUGAGGAGAGUGAGCCUAUUUCACGCUACCUACACACAGAGGUUGCCACUGAACUGAGGCAGAGACUUGCAAAGAUGGGCAUGGACAUGCUCCUAAAGAUGGUCUUUGUUGACAACUUUGUGCAUGCUGACUUGCACCCUGGGAACAUCCUGGUGCAAGGCACAGCCUGCAUCAGCACCAGCUGCAAAGAGCAGACGGCCAUUGUGGAUCUGUGUGACACGCUCGUCGUGGAAGUGCAGCCACCCUUCAGACAGCUCUGCCUGGUGCUGCUGGAUGCAGGGAUCGUGGCGGAGCUGCAGAGUGCUGACAUGCAGAACUUCAGAGCAGUUUUCACAGCUGUGGUCCAGGGCCAGGGGGAGAAAGUGGCAGAACUGAUUCUUCAUCAUGCUCGGGCCAACCAAUGCCAGGAUAUUGAGCGAUUCAAAGCUGAAAUGGCAGAACUAGUGACCAAAGUUCGAAGGAACACCAUUGCCCUAGGAAAGCUUCAGGUGGCAAAUCUCCUCUCCAGUGUCUUUAAAUUACUGAUGACCCAUAAGGUGAAGCUUGAGAGCAAUUUUGCUUCCAUCAUCUUUGCCAUCAUGGUUCUGGAAGGUCUUGGUCGUUCACUGGACCCUGAGCUGGACAUUCUAGAGGCAGCUAAACCACUGCUCAUCAGAACUGCAGCUUCUGUACUGGAAUAGACACUUGUGGCUGCUGCCCUCUCAUGGUGCAGGGUUACCUCUGAUGCCUAUGAGCUCACAGGAGGAAGCUGAAGGUGAGAACAGUUCCACUUGUCUUGGGAAAGUGCCACGUGGUGAUAACCUCCAUACCCUGCCUUGAGUCCUAUCAGCCAAGCACCAGGCAUGGGAUCUUUUUGAGGUCUGUUUCAGAAGCCUUUCUUUUCCAGGAAGAUUUUGCACAGAUGGAGAGUUCUGACUCAUCUAAUUAUGCGGUUCUAUGAGCUAAUAUGCUCUGGUAGUUUUUAACUGACAUAUCAUGUAGCCUGUGUGGAAAAGAUCACUGCAGGUUGAUGAGGAAAGCAGUCUUAAUCGUCUAAAAGUCUCUAAUAAGAUGUUCAGUGAUCAAAUUUGUUUGGAAAUAAAUUGGGUUAAAUAUUUGCUGACUGAUGUGUCAAUAUGGUAUAAGGGACAAUGUUCUGAUGCCACCUAAGCAAGUAAUUCAGGCUGAGAAAAGCCAGUAAGCCUUUUAGUCCUUUCUACUUCUACUUUUAUUGUAGAAGUGCCCUGAGUUCCUGCAUGGAGUGGUCUGUUCUUGGUCAUUUUGAAUGAUAAAAACAGACCAGCACGUUGAUUUUGUUUAAACUAUACUGUCCAACAAUAUAUGUAUGGCAGAAGAACUCAUUCCGUAAUAAAAACAACUUUUGGGAA